CGCCUUCACCUUCCAGCCAAUUCCACCACACCACCCUUGACUCCUCCACUGUUCUCUUGUCUUGCCCCUCUCUGCUGACGAAAGCGGAGAGACGAGCCGAGACGAACAACGGCCGCCGCCGCCGCAACAAUGCCGUCUCCCCCGCUGCCGUUCUUCGCCGUCCUCCUCGCUUCGGUCCUUCUUCUGCUGCUUCCCCACGCCGCCGACGCCCGCAUCCCCGGCGUGUACACCGGCGGCGACUGGCAGUCCGCCCACGCCACCUUCUACGGCGGCAGCGACGCCUCCGGCACCAUGGGAGGGGCGUGCGGGUACGGGAACCUGUACAGCCAGGGCUACGGGGUGAACAACGCGGCGCUGAGCACGGCGCUCUUCAACGGCGGGCAGCGCUGCGGGGCCUGCUUCGAGAUCAAGUGCGUGAACCAGCCCGACUGGAAGUGGUGCCACCCGGGCUCGCCGUCCAUCCUCGUCACGGCCACCAACUUCUGCCCGCCCAACUACGCGCUGCCUUCCGACGAUGGCGGCUGGUGCAACCCGCCCCGGCCCCACUUCGACCUCGCCAUGCCCAUGUUCCUCCACAUCGCCGAGUACCGCGCCGGCAUCGUCCCCGUCACUUACCGCCGGGUGGCGUGCAGGAAGAAGGGAGGGGUGCGGUUCACGAUGCACGGGUUCAGGUACUUCAACCUGGUGCUGAUCACGAACGUGGCGGGGGCCGGGGACCUGGUGCGCGCCAGCGUCAAGGGUUCAAGCACCGGGUGGAUGCCCAUGUCACGCAACUGGGGCCAGAACUGGCAAUCCAACUCCGUCCUCGUCGGCCAGUCGCUCUCCUUCCGCGUCACCUCCAGCGACCGCCGCACCUCCACCUCCUGGAACGUCGCCCCCGGAGGAUGGUACUUCGGCCAGACCUUCGAGGGCAAGAACUUCAGGGUCUGAUCAUCAUCUGAAAAUCCACCCUCUCUUCUUUCUCGCCGCCGUCAAUCGUCGGUGCCGGUGAUGGAGCUGAAGGAGUUUCAUGUUAUGGUGGAUCUUACAUAUAUAUAGCGAGUAAUUACUACAGCGAUGGAUGACAGUGGUUGAUUAUUAGGGAUGGUCCGGGUUGGUUUGGUGAGUUUUUUUUUAUUUGUCUGUCCUUGGUAGCCUGUGAAUGCAUGAGAGGUGCAAGCAGGGGUCAAACUGGUUGGUGGUGUCCCAAGUCUGGUGUUUGUUAGGGUGGGGUGGGGUGUGAUUGCUCCUGCCGUGUCACCGAGGUCACACAGCUGGUAGUAGCAGUAACAACCAUCAAGUCUGUGUGUCGAGUUUUAUCAGUGGCUGAAGUGGCUGCAGAGCUGCGGCUGAAAAUGGGAGCGGCGAGUGUAGCCCGCAGCUGCUUUGUCUGUCCGUCUUUAAUCGUGUGUCCCUCCCCGUCCCGUGUCAUCUUAUCUUGCAUGGCACGAGCCAGUGUUUUAUUUUUAUCAUAUUGGACCUGGUUGGUUUAUCUAUCUACAAAUGUAUGGUGAUUGGGGUUGUAACUUGUAAGAAGAUCAAUAGUACCAGUAUCAUUACCUUAUGCUUAUUCUGUUA